UCAACCAAGGAGAAACGUAGACCCCGCUGCUCGUCUCUAUCCUUUCACCUUCCUUUCCCCCCCACCAGCCGUCACCCUUUACGUUCCACUUUCCACUCCAAGUUAUAUAAAUCCUUGUUUUUCCUUCAAUUAUAUCUUAUCCCCCGAAGAAAAACCUUCCACUCAACUACCCUUCCUCACAUGGCAGUAGUUCGUGAACGCCGACAGGUUAAUCUCCGUCUUCCGCUUCCUGACGUCUCCGAUCGCUGCUCUCGCUUUCCUCUCCCACUCCCUCCAUCCGCUUCCACAACCGCAGCCACCGCUUCUGCUUCAGUUACUAUUUCCCAAACGGAACUCGAUAAGCUCCAAGUGCUCGGCCAUGGUAACGGCGGCACUGUUUAUAAAGUACAACAUAAACGCACCUCCAAGAUUUAUGCGUUGAAAGUGGUUAACGGCGACAGCGAUCUGACUGUUCAUAGACAAGUUUCGAGAGAGAUGGAGAUUCUACGACGGACGGAUUCCCCUCACAUCGUUCGUUGCUACGGAACAUACGUGAAGCCUUCUGGGGAUGUUGCUAUACUCAUGGAGUACAUGGACGCCGGCACUUUGGAUACCCUCCUCCGUAGCCGCGGCACCUUCUCAGAGACUGAACUGGCUCAUAUAACCAGACAAAUUCUCAAAGGCUUGACUUACUUACAUGCCCAUAAAAUCAUUCACCGAGACCUCAAGCCUUCGAAUCUGUUGGUGAACAAGAACAUGGAGGUGAAAAUAGCUGAUUUUGGAGUGAGCAAGAUUAUGUCUCGGAGGUUGGAUCCAUGCAACUCUUACGUCGGCACCUGCGCUUACAUGAGUCCCGAAAGGUUCGACCCUGACGCCCAUGGAGGUAAUUACGAUGGUUACCUGGGAGAUAUAUGGAGCUUGGGGCUUACUUUAAUGGAACUUUAUGUGGGUCACUUUCCGUUCCUGUCGCCGGGUCAAAGACCCGACUGGGCAACCCUGAUGUGUGCAAUUUGCUUCGGGGAUCCACCGACCUUGCCACAGGGUACUUCCGAUGAGUUCAGGAGCUUCAUUGAGUGUUGCUUGCAGAAGGAGUCUAGUAAGAGGUGGACGGCCUCUCAGCUUUUGGAUCACCCGUUUCUGCGUAGUCAUCCGACGUCCGAUUAGUUGAAACGACCCGACCCGAACAUUUAGAUUCAUCCGGAUACCCGAACAGAUUUUUUUUCCAACGCCGGGUAUUGUUCAUGGUGAAUCUAGCGGAGGAGUUUUGUAGAUACUUUCCGGAUUCGGAUUUUUGUUUCCUUUUUUUAUUUCUCCUUUUGUACAUUCCUAUCCUCCUUUUCCUUCAGCAGCAAAUUUGCCGUUGAUAAUGAGAAAAUUGAAUUUUUUAAA